UUGCUUUCUGUUGCGGAGUGAAUUUGGUCCAGCCCGGGAGAAAAAAUAAUUAUAACGUAUUUGUUUUAAAUCAGUGCAAAGAAAUUUAAAAAUGGGCAAGGUUCACGGAGGAAUGAAGUGUGUCAAAUAUCUUCUGUUCAUAUUCAACUUUAUAUUCUGGCUGAUUGGCUCGCUGGUCCUGGCCGUGGGACUGUGGCUCCGGUUCGACCCCGACAUCGUGUCUCUGCUCAGCAAGCAGGGGGCUCCCGAAACCUUCUUCAUGGGGGUGUACAUCCUGAUCGGUGCCGGGGGUCUCAUCAUGCUGGUGGGCUUCUUCGGCUGCUGCGGGGCCGUGCGGGAGUCCCAGUGCCUGCUGGGAUCGUUUUUCGCCUGCCUUUUGAUUAUCUUUGGUGCCGAAGUCGCGGCGGGUGUGUUUGGAUUCCUGAACAAAGACAAGAUCAUUAAGGAGAUACAAGAUUUCUAUGAUACUUCCGUCCAAGAAAAUACCAACAGCACCAUUGCAUCAGUCUACCACAAAGUGCUGAACUGCUGUUCGGGGAACGCCUUGGACCCUAGCUUCUGCCAGGAUGCCAAAGCCAAGGACUGCGGCACGGCCAUUUUGGAGUUCUUCAACAACAAGCUCUAUAUCAUCGGAUUUGUGGGGAUCGGGAUUGCCGGAGCAAUGGUUAUCGGCAUGAUCUUCAGCAUGGUGCUCUGUUGCGCGAUACGGAACAGUAGAGAUGUCAUCUAGACACCAUGAAGCCCUCUGACCCCCCCCCUCUUCAUCUCACCUACCCCCCUCAUCCUCUAUACUAAACACACCCCUGCCCUGAGUCACGGCUUCCAGCCGGCUGAUGCCACUGUGAAACUCCAUUUCCCAGAAUUCACAAAGUCUCUGACCAGGGUGGUUAUUUUUACACAAAGGUGAGAUGGCUUCAGUUUUGGAAGGAAAAUGCACAAGAAAGCCAUUGACACCUGUCAAAUAUGUUCUAUGACCUGUCUUUAUGACAUCACGCCAUUAUGAUGUAAUCUGAGAUGCACAGGUUCCUUCAGCUGCCCUGCCCAGUCUAGCCCCGCCCACCCCCACUCUGAUUGGCCAUGAGAUUCCCACAGGUAUAUGUAUAUGUGUGUAGGUUACAGGUAGGUUCAGACUCCAAUCCUGGAGGGCCGCAGCAUCUGUUGGCUUUCACAAAAGCUAAAUAAUCCGCACGACUUGUACUCGAGGCUUAAAUUGGCUACUGAUCGAAAGGAGAUCA